CGUCGAUGAUAGUCGAUGAUGGAACAUACCCUAGAUAUACCUUAUAAUUCUCACGUACUCCUUUUUUUGAGAUUUGUAGUUUGUAUUAUAUUUCAAUUGAUAGAGUGAUAUAGAGUUUGAAGUUAAUCGAUAAUCACAGAAACAGGAAUUCAAAAUUUUCAAACUGUCGACGAUGCAGCGUACAGUGACAAUUUCUGUUCGAGCACAGUCAAUAUGAAUAAAAUCAUUUAUUCAAAAACAGUGAAUACUCUUUCAAUUUCUGCUCUUUUAAAACAGUUCAAGGAGAAUCAUAUCAUUAUGCGUGAUCAUGUAUAGCACAUAUGACAGUAGAAUGGAUAUCGCUUAAGAGAAUGCGGAUAAUCGCAGACAAAUUUAUGAGACUGCAAAGUGUAAUUGUGGUAUAUGCUUUAUUUGCAAAAAGGUGACCGUCUAUUAUACUAGAAUUAUGGAGAUAAUGAAUACCGAAAACACUGGUGAGUUGCAUGCAUCACUAUCUAUAAAGCACCGUGACAGUCUCCUGUCAAGCUCAUGCAACUGGCAGAUCAGCAAUAAUAAACAAUUUGUUGAUGCUGUCACCAUUGCGCCAAUACAGUACUCAUCUGCAAGAAUAAACUGCGAAGACGUAGCUUCAGUGGAUACUUGUAUUGCUUUACAACCAAUGAGUUCUAAUACAGAACCAUGUAUGCUGAAUAUUAAAGUAUCAAAUUGUCAAAAGAUAGCACGCAUUGCUAUUAUUUCUGAAGGUAACGUCCUAGAAAUCUUCAAACAAUUUGGAGAAUAUGAAACAACGAUACACGCUGAAUUCAUAGAUGAAUAUGAGGAAAAUAUAGUUUUCCUUGGCGAAACUAUGAUACAUCCUCCUACUACAGAAGUUAGUAUUAAGUUUAUUAGAACAAAAAAUAAAGGCCCUCUUAUGUGGAUAUAUGGUAUAAGAUUGUUUUUGACAGACUCUACAAAAGAGGCAAAAUCUAGUGCCUUUGACUAUGAUAUCAUACAAACUUUUCUCAGUAACGCUAGCAAUGGCAAAAUGAGUCAAAAGUCUGAGAUGGCAAAGAGAGUUGACGAUAAACAGGAAAGUAUGAGAAAAUAUAGAGAGAAACUUUUGGAGACAUUUGCAGGCUCAAAAUAUGACGAAUAUAUAAAUAAAAUUGAAAGAAGCGAUAAUAAAAAACAAUUUUUAAAUUGUGGAGAUAAUUAUGAGCAGUCAAAUGCCACCGAAUGUAAAAAUAGAAUUGAAAGAAGAAAUAGUAAAACGGAAUAUCCAAAUUGUGGAGAGAAUUAUGAAAAAUCAGAUAUCAAAACCUGUAUUGAUAAUAAGACAGAAUUUAUAAAAGAGACAAAAUCCAGUAUUGUCAAUGAUAAAGAUUUUAUUCAAACAUUUCUCAGUAAUAUAUUUCUCGGUAAAAUGAGUCAACCUAUGUUUGAAUUUUACGAUAACCGCGAUAAUAAUAAAAUUAUGAAUAACGAGCAGUUUAAACAGAAAAUUUUGGAAACUCUUACAUCAGACUCGGAUCAUUUCAAAUGGAAAAAUGAAAUUUCAAAAAGAGAGAAUGGAAAAGAAUGUCGAAAUUGCGAGGCUGAUCAUGAACAAUUGAAUUCUUUUGAAUGUAAAAAUGGAAAUAUAAGAAAUAGCGACGAAAGUUGUAUAAACCGAGAAGAUAAUAAGAAAUCCGAUAUAGAUAUUAGAAUCUAUAUCGAGAAUAAAUUCCAUGAUAUGGAAAAGAGAUUGAUAGAAAGAAUAGAAGAGAUGGAAGCGAGUACCAAUCAGAAACUGGAUGCUAUUUUGGAAAGACUUGAAUCACGACUGAAUGUACAGUAAAUGUAUUUUUUAGUUAUUAAUUUCUUAUUUUAAGAGUAAUAUAUUCUUUAUUAUAAUAUAGGGGAGCAUGGAUCUAUGUGGUAGCAUUUGAUACAAUUUAUUUCCGAAUAUUUUGAAAGUAAAUAGAGAUUGAAUUAAAACACGUUGCAGUCAAUCAAUGCAACAAUCGAUUUCAAUAAAUUUUUUUUACAUUUAAUAAAAGAAAAAAUUUAAGUUAUCAGAUAUUUAGUAACUUAAGAAUGUAAAUAGUAAAUAAUUUGUUGAAUAUAUUUUUUUGCUUUUGUGUUAAUCAAAAGAUCUGGCUCAUUUUAACAAAAAUAAAGUUCCUUUUAUUAUUUUUAUGUAAUCUUAGAAUAAAUUUGUAUUCAUUUAUCAUGUAUGAUAUUUUCAAAUUUUGUAUCAAAAUCACAUACAAAAAAUUGCACAUUUUUAAAUUUAUAUUUAAAUAAUUUUUAAUUCACUUAAAUUUAAUAUAUUUUAAUCCUAGCUAUACUUUUUUUUUUCUUUAAUAUAUAUACAUACUUGGAUUUUUAUCUAUAUUUGUUACAUAACUUCUUUGUUAUUUGUUUAUCUAUAUUUGUUACAUAACUUCUGCAAAAAAGGAUAUUUCAAUUAAUUUUUUUUUUAAUCAAUGGAGAAUUAAUUAAGGAAUAAGUCCAUGAUGUGUAAAAAUCGAUACAAUUAAGUAAUUUCAAGAUAUAUAUAGAUUCAAAGAAAAAG